CUUAUUAAAUAGAGCUGGAUAAUGAACUUGUUUUAUCAACUCAUUUGUGUUGUUCAAUUUGUUGCAUGUAUUUACUCGCAUACAAAUAAUUGGGCUAUUUUAGUUGAUACGAGCAAGUUUUGGUUCAAUUAUCGACAUGUGGCCAACGUGCUAUCAAUUUAUAGAAGCAUUAAGCGUCUAGGAAUUCCUGAUAGCCACAUCAUUUUGAUGCUAGCGGAUGAUGCAGCUUGUAAUCCUAGAAACCCUCGACCUGCAACAAUCUACCACAAUUCAAACCAGAAGAUUAACAUUUAUGGCGAUGACGUGGAGGUGGACUACCGAGGAUACGAAGUGACUGCCGAGAACUUCAUUCGGAUCCUCACUGGAAGAGUGAAGGAUGGAACACCACAGUCGAAACAAAUGCUGCUGGACGAGAACAGUAACGUGCUGGUUUACAUGACUGGUCAUGGAGGAGUGGGCUUCCUGAAGUUCCAGGACACCCACGAGAUAUCUGACCAGGAACUGGCUGAUACAUUCCAGCAAAUGUACCAGAAAAGACGCUACAAGUCUCUUCUGUUUGUGAUUGAAACUUGCAAGGCUGCCUCCAUGCUCAGUUACAUCUACUCUCCGAAUGUGAUUGGCUUUGCGGCUGCGAGAAAUGACGAGGACAGCUACAGUCACCACAGCGAUCACACCAUAGGAGUACAUGUAAUAGACAGGUUCUCACAUUACAUGUUGGAGUUCCUGGAGACGAUCGACUCCUACAGUAAAGUGACUCUGGCCAAAUUCUUCGAUUGCUGUCCCUUCUCCAAGUGCCACUCACACACUGUGCACAGAACAGACCUCUACUCAGGAGAUGCCAAAAGUGUCCUGGUGACUGACUUCUUCGGUAGUGUGCGACCAGCCGAAAUUGUUGAGUCACCUCCUCAGUACAAAACGAUUGAUGACCUUUUUGAUCGAAAUAUGUUCACGGUUUAUCACGAAGAACUUGAGUUUCGAUCACGUGAAGAAUCGCGCAAAAAUGUUAAAAAGAUCGAGAAAAUCAGUGAACAAGUGAAUAUGAUUGAACGAAAAAAAACUGAUGACGGGACCUGGUUCGCAGUCUUAGUCUUCGGAGGACUCCUGAUCUACAUUGGGGUUUCGGCGUAUGAAAUUAACAGUCGACAUAAAACUGCUUCUUUUGAAUUCAUUCCACAUGGUUUAGUUUCUGCUACGUGCUUUAGUCCAGACCAGUAAUUUUGCUGAAAGAAUCAAAAACUAAGAAAACAAUCAAAUGAAAUGAACGUAUUCAUGUGACAUGAACAAUUAAAUUGCAAUAAUUAUUAAUUAAGAGUUCUGAUAUAUGAUUUGUUUGUGCUGAAAUUUGUGAAAUGGCAAGGUGAACUCAUAUUCAAUGCCGAGCUUUAACGUCAUAAAAAUAAAAAGAAUUAAAAAAUCUUUUCAAUUCAACAA